AUGGAAGCAUUCAUUCAUUCACUUGAUGUCAAAAUGUGGGAGGUAGUUUCUAACAAGUAUAUUGUACCGUCUGCUAUACCUAUUGAUGUAGAUGAGAAGACCAAAUAUGAACUAGAUAAAAGGGCAUGCUUUGCAAUACUAUGUGGGUUAUCAAAAGAAGUAUUUGUUAAAGUAAUGUACUUCAAAUCAACAAAUGAGGUAUGGACAAAUCUUGAAUCCAUUUAUCAAGGUGAUGAAAAGGUUAAAGAAUCUAAAUUGAUGACAUUAAAAAAUCAGUUUGAUGAUUUGAAGAUGAAUAAUGAUGAAACAGUAGCAAGCUAUUUUCUUCGUAUUGAUGAAAUUGUAAAUGCCCAAAAGGGCCUUGGUGAGGAAAUUGAUGAACAUGAUGUGGUUGCCAAAGUAGUUAGAAUGUUAUUACCAAAAUUUGAAACUAAAAUAUCUACUCUUGAAGAAAAGAAACAUUUUUCUAAAAUGACCAUGCAUAAGCUUCAGAGUAUACUUACUGCCUAUGAAAUGAGAAUUGGUAAUACCCUUUCUACCUCUAAGGAAACAACUUUUAAAGUUGAGAAACAAGAAGAUAGUGAGUCUGAGUUAUCUAAUGUUUUUGAAGCUUUACUGGUUAGGAAACUCAAGAAAAAGUUUCAAGGAAAAUUUAAAUGUUUUGGUUGUGGUAAAACUAAACAUUUUGCAGCGAAAUGUCCAUAUCUAGAUCUAAGUAAAGAUGAAGACAAAUCUGAAAAAUCAUUUAAGAAACCCUGGAAUCCUAACAAAAGGUUGAACAACUUUAAAAAGAAGAAUCUUAUGACAAAAGAAGACUCUAAAGAUGAAUCAGAUGAGUCAAAUGGUGAUGGUUGUGAAACACUAUUUAUGACUGAAGUUGAAUUUGAAAAACCAAAAUCUAAAACAAAUUCUUAUUUUGAAAUAGAAGAUGUAGAUCUUGAAGAAGAGCUUCUUUGUGCUCUUCAAGAGGUUAAAAGACUUAAGAAACUUGUAACUGCUUAUGAAGAUUCAAAUCAGAUUUUACAAGUUGAUCUAGUUAAUGCUAACAAGGUCAUUGAAACUCAGAAAAGCCUUAUUGAAGACAAAGAACAAGAAAUUAGUAAGUUGCAAAAACAAGUAUAUACUCUUGAAAAUCAAAAACAUUCUGAAGUUACUACUGAAAAGGGUGAAACUUCACAUCAAAAUUCUAUAGCAGCAAAUAGAAAUCAGUUUCCUAAUAAUGGGUUUUUCCAUGUCUAUUGUCAUUUUUACAAUCUGUUUGGGCAUAAAGUAAACACUUGUAGAUUUACUAAAACUCCUACUUUUGGUCAUAAACAAUUUUUUGGUGCUAUCAGAAACAUAAUAUGCUUUACAUGUUUUCAAUAUGGCCACACUUCAAAUUACUGCAAAAUGCUAUAA